GUGUAACGCCAUCUUUACUUCAUUCUGAGAUCUAAACGUUGCAUUGUUCCCUUUUAAAAAUAUGUGCAAUAGAUGUCGCUCUAUUCGAUUGACUGAUGACAGAUAGACGAAUCAAGACGAUGACGAGACGGCAGUUUGUGAUUGUAUAGUUUUUCAGUGAUAUUUAGUGCUUUUGUAUUUCUGUGCAUCAGUGUUAAUUAAUUAGAAUAUUUCCGUGAAAAUGUGGGAUCCAACUCAUGUGCAAGUGACCGUUCAAAGGGCUCGUGGACUUUUGAUCAAAGGUAAAAACGGUACAAAUAACUGUUUUGUUACCAUCGCCCUCGGCAAAGAAAAAUUCCAAACCUCCGUAAAACACAAAGCGACUGAAAACGUAGAAUGGCAAGAAGAAUGCGAAUUACGCAUACCUAGCCAAGGUAAUACGGCAGAGAUAGUUCUGAAAGUGUAUGACGAAGAUUUUGUAAAAGAUCAUUUAUUAGGUCAAGUGUCAAUUCCGUUAAAAGACCUCGAUGUUUACGAACGGCCAAGAAACCGUAUAUAUCCUCUGCAGGGGAAGUCUGGUAAAGAAAACGACAAGAACAGAGGUGAACUGGAGGUCAAACUAGCUUUCACUGUAAAGGAGGGCAGUUUGACUGAUCUCAGCAAAAAAGAUAAACAUAAAUCAUCCCUCUCUAGUAUAGCCCAGAAUGUUGGCGGCAGUCUUAUGAGCAUUGGAAGCAUAGAGAAGCGUAAAGGUAUUAAGAAAUUUGCUAAAAACCUGGGGUCAAAGCUAAAUCUCAAUAAAAAAGAUAAAAAAAGUGACUCAUCCUCCCUCAGUGGAAGUAUUGGAAAUCUUAAAAGUUCUGCACUGUCCACACCAGAUCACUCCACGCCUAAACGACAGCCUGGUGAAGCAGACCCUGGAGUAAUCAGUGAGGAUGAUGAUGAGUUUGCGUUUGAUGACCUGUCUCACAAGAGUUCUGGAAGUUCACUCAAUGUCCAGACACUACCACGAGGACAUAAAUACACACCUUCACCUAUCAAUGCUUCUCUUGAAAACCUUGGCGGUGGAGAAUUUUUGAGAAGAUCCACAAGCAGCAACUUAGCAAAUCCUGAUAAAACUGUACCUCAAAAACCUGUUCGUCUGAGCCUGGACACCUUCACACCUCCAGCCACACAUCCUUCUACUCAAGCCAUUGAUAAAGAUGAUGAAUGGUCACAGAAACUAUAUUCUCGGCCAAAGUCUAACAGCCAGACUACUAUUGACAAAGAGAAAUCAUCCAGUCUUGAAAGGAACAAAAAGCUAGAUAGUCCCAGUUCCUUGAAAGAAAAACCAAGCCCAAAGUUCUUCAAAAAGUUUGGGAAUAGUAAUAAACCUAAGAAAUUACUUGAAGAGCGCAUAAUUGUUGGAGAGGAAAAUAUUGUUGAAGAAGAUUCUAUCAACCCAGCAUUCAGUAGCCUUCCUAAGACAGUAGUAAAAGAACUAGAAGGCAAAUCCCGAGAAGAUCUGAUGGUUAUGAUUUAUAAUCUUCAGAAGGAUGCUGAACUGGAAAAGAAGAAAAACAAAGAUCUAGAAAACUACUUAGAUGACUUGCUUCUAAGGGUGAUGGAAACCACACCUCGGAUUCUACAAAAUCCAUAUGUGAGGAAUAAUAGCAUGCACAUUCGUAACAAAUAAAUUAUUUUGAGGAAAAUACAAAAGAAUUAUCAAAUCAUAUUUUUACACCUUUAUUAAAUUCUAUAAAUAAGUCUAUUAAACAAAAUAUGCAUGCUUCACAUCCUGUCCAAAGUGUGUUUGAUAUAUGUUCAACUUUCUCCAUGUCUUAUUUUUUUUUCAAUUAAGUCACUGUUAGUUGUACAAGAAUAUUGAAACAGGUUUAUGUUGUGUUGUGAUGCAUUGUUUUUGUUAUUGUUCAUUGUUUUGAUGAUUUUCCAUUGACACCUUUGUCUUGAGGGAAAGUUAUUUACCAUGGAACCAUCACUAUAAAACACUCAAUUAAAGUAGCUGUGAAAUCAUAUAGGUAGCUACUUUUAUUGAGGUGAAUGACUAUUUUCAAACUUUCACCACUUUACUGACCAACAUAUUGAGUCUAAAACUUGUGCCUUACAUUUUUUAAAUAACUAGUAUGUAAUGAUGUAACCUUUCAUUUUGCUUGUAUCAGGGGCACUGAAGCAGGAAGUUAUUUGCAGUGCAAUCUUUGACUGUAACAAUUGCUUUCAAAUAUUUUAACAUCCUAAGAGUCCAUGAACACUAGUUUAAAUAACUUUUUAGUAACCGUGCCAAAAAUCAUCUCAGCUAUAAUAUAUACCGAAAUAAUAAGGAAAAUUGUAAUAAUGGUACUACUUUGACAUAGAAUUCAGUCCAGAUGAGAUUAGUAACUGACAAUGUGAGAGUGUAUUUGGCGGAUAGCUCACUAUAAUUAUAUAAACUAAUUUAUUAUACAUAAUAAUGUAUUAACAAAUCUGCCUCUUGUGUCUUAAUCUGUGCUAUACCUUCUUAAUAUUAUUCAUGAUUUAAAAUUGCAAACCAACAUCACCAAGUUAGUGCAUUCAUAUAGUUUUAAAUGUUUCUAUAAAUUAUUUGUAUAAGUAAACAAAAGUGAUGACAUUAACCAUGAUGAAAUAUUUAAAGUAGGUGUGACUCAUGUAGACACAGAUGACCAUUGAUGUAGGUAUAAUGGCAAUGGCAGAUGACUAACAAUAUUGUAAUAAUCUUUAUAAAAGUAAAGAUAAGAUAAAGCUGUACGCCUUAUUAGGAACUGAAAAGUAGUCCAUCCAAAAUUGAGUGAGAGUGGUAAUUAAUUUAUUGUAAUAUUAAUAAGAAAUCUAAAAUUUAAACUUAAAUCACGACAAAUCGUAGUGUUAUUGUUUAUAGGAUUAUUAGGUAUAAAAGAUAUUAGAUAAACAGAUUUAUAUACUAAUUAGUGCAAAGAAAGUUGAUAAGCGUUAAGAAACGCCUAUGUGCAAUAUCAAUUCUAAUAAGUAUCUUAUUCCAUGAAUAUUAUAUAAGUGUAAAAGAAUUUGUUUUGGAUCCAUUGGUGUUUAUUUUUAUUUUGCAUCAAUUUUGGGAUCUGAGGAUUUUUAGUAUUAAUUACGUAAUAAAAUAUUACAGUGUCAUAUGAUUAAUUAGUUUGAUUGAACAAGUAUUAUUUUGUUGCAUAGAAAUAUUUAUUCAAAUUCCAUUUUGAAUAAACUAUGUGAUAUUUAUCGAAAAUACAAAAGGAACAAAACUAUUAAGUUACAUGUUAUUUAAAAUAUAUUUCUUUUUAUUUUUCUAAAAGUAUUCUGAAUUAAUCUCAUUACAAAUGAUUACAGAUACACAUAGGUUUGGUAAAUAAAAUACCUACUCAAAAUAGUUUCCAGAUUUCAUUCAUAUAUACGAUGGGUAUGUUAUCUGAGUAUUGAUUUUCUUCAAGCAUAGAUUAAACUACUUACUCUUGAAGUUCAUUUAGUUACAACUAAAAGUUAAGAGAAAGGAAUGUUUAUUUAAUGUGUCUCCAUUAUUAAUUUUAAUAAACUAUAUUUUUAUACUU